CUCAUUUGGAAGCAACAGAGCACCGACAUCAACGUCGCGUAUGGACUAGAGACGAUCAUGGAGAAGGAACAGUUCUCGCCGGCGCAACUGUCCUUCUUUGCCAUAUACAGUCCGCCGCUGGGACCGACCGACGAGACGUUCGGCGACCAGGUCGUCUUCUACUAUUCGCGAUCCGUCCGGGAUGCGCGUCUGAAGGCCAAAGCAACAGCAGACGAAGACCGACUAUCCGAGAAUGAGAAGCUACGACAGAUUGGCCUUGCUCAAGGCAUGGCGGGCUUUGCCAGGAACUUUUCCGACGGAGAGCCCAUCGAAGCCGUCGAGACGGAGAAGUCGCGUAUCUUGAUACACGAAUUGGAGAAGGACUGGUGGGUGCUGGCAUCCGUCGACCUCACUCGUCUCCCGUCGUCAAACAAAGAGCAGGAAUAUGAAUACUCGUCGCGAGAAGUCAGCCCGGCACCACUCCUCCUACAACAGGUCCUUGCCGCAUAUCGCGUCUUUACCCUGCACCAUGGCCCGUCAAUCAGCGACAUGUAUGUCAAGCUCACCAGAGACAAGUUCACGGGCGUCCUCGAUCGCUUCUGGAGUCGCUUCUGCCGCAACUGGGACGUCCUGUUACACGGAAACCCCGCCAUUGAUAUCUUCGGAGGCUUGAAGCUUGCAGCGGGAGGUGAACUGGGCUACGGUGUCGGUGAGGAAGACUGGGGCAGUGGAGACAGGGAAGUGCUCGAGGACCUGGUUCACCGUACCGAAGGACUGGUCGAUCUGCUUGUCCAUCGCUUCGGCGAGGCCGCUCCUCCCGAGAAUGACUUCCGGAACGACGACCCGUCUCAAGACACAAUCGAUGAUGCUCGACACGGUCUCCCCUGGCUAGGCUGCGGACACGAACCUCAGGCUCCCGAUGGUCUUAUCUUCAGUGGUGUGGGUGCCAUCAUACGUCCCUCCAUUCGCGACAUCUCUGUUUGGGUCCGUGAUAUAUAUGCCUAUGGCGAGCAUGCUUAUGGUGUAAAAGAUAAUCCACACCGUCAACGUCGUAAGAGGCGUAGGCGUCAACCUGUGGGCAACCCAGAUCCCGAGUCUGAGACCCCGAUCGCUACUGAAGAGGAUCUCAAGAAGAAAGCCAUCAAGCAGUUGAAGGGCAUCCAGCUUCCACCUGAUCCUCGUCCGCAGAUGCACGAUAGAGUCGCUUCUCACGACCAUGCGACUGGUGAUGCAGGAACUCAAGUCGCUUCGCAUCCUGGCAUCCCUCCUCCUAUCGUCAGCGCUGUGGAGGCCUCACUCAAUCGAGCCAGCGCUUCGGCUGACUCCCACACUUCUGAUCAACCUGCACCACCUCCUGAACAGUCGUCAGGAUGGGGUCUAGGAAGCUCCGACAAGUGGGUUAAGUAUCUUAGCUUUGGUUUAGCAUCAGGAGGAAAGCGAUCUGAAUCACCAAAACGACCUGAGGGUCCACGCCGUACAUCGACAUCCAGCUCAAGGACCGUCAAAGGAGUUCCGUUUUCAAAGUCCAAAGAGGAUAAGGACGAACCUCCUAUGCGGCACCUCGACCCUAAUCCUGACGGCUAUGAAGCAAUGGCUGCAGUCCAGCGUCAGCGCAACCGAGAAAAUAAGGGCCAAUUCCUGAUCGGCUACCAAGGCGACCUCGAUAAAGAACCAGCCGAAAACGACGACGACAGCGACACAACAAUCGGCGGCUCCGAAGUUCCCGAAGCUGAACGCAACCUCUUGCGCACCAUCAAAGUCGACCUCACAGAAAGUGCGUCGCAGAUGGAAGAAAUGGAUUCUCGCGCCAGCUUUAUGAACAACGACACGUCCUCGCGCUUCCGCGUCCUGGUCUAUGUGCAUAGACCUUUCAUUCACGUUUUCCUCUUCGAGCAGAGAACACCUUCCCUCACCAUGACAGGCUUCUACCGCGACCUACACAAACACCUCCGACCACUGCACAAAUCCCUCCUCAACAGCACCUCUGCACAAAAAGUAGCAGAACGGAUAGCAGCAGCACAUACCUCUCCCCCCGAACCCUUAUCCGUCAACCCGCAAAACCCACCUUACGCACCUCCCCGCAACAGCCCUGUAUUCGACCUCGUAUUCGACCCCGUGAACUUGACCUGCCACACUUCCCUCCCCAAUAUCCCCGAGCCAGGGCAAAUAACACCACAACAUGGAAGUAUCGGCACCACAUCCAGUGGCAGGGAUGCACCUCCCCAAUGGACGAGAUUGGAAGCCCUGAACGUGCAUUCUCACAUCCUCUUCACACUCCAGCACUCUUUCCGCAACCCGCAAGAAACCGAACGCACUUCAAAAACCAGCAGGCAUUGGUGGAUAGUAUGGCUUCGCGUACCUCAACCCGGUCAGGAGGAUGGCAAACAUCCCCGUCCCGAACAUUGCCGUACUGCCUUCCUCGUCCGCAAAGCUCGCGAUCAUGUUGUGGAGAAGAGGAAUAUGGGUGGCGCUAAGGGGAUGGCUAGUCGCGUUAGCAGUGGCAUGUAUAAUCUUGUCGGGGCCAGGGGAGGAGGUGGGCAGGAAAGCGGUAGUGGUAGUGCAGGAGAAGACAAUUCUGGCAAUGGAUGGGGUAGUGCUGCCGCAUUGGCUGGAGGUAUUGGAAUUGAUGCGAGGAAGUAUGUCGAGAAUCUGUUGAGUCUGAACAGGUAGAGCAGAGAAGGAAUUUGAAACGUUGAGUCGUCGUUGCUGACAAUAUGCUGCUUUGCUUCAUAUCUCGUGAUUUACGCUGUUUGCUCUCUCUCUCUCCUCUGUUGUAGUCAAGCUGAGGAUACGUGGGUUCUUUCGUCACCAAGUCAUUCUGGCUGAUGGUAUCACCCUGAUCUUCACCACACCAUGUCGAAACAAC